AUGGUAUCUAGCUUAAGCUUAGGAUUGAUUUUCGCGUUUGAUCAGAAUGGUUCGACUCAUUUAAAAAUUACAUUACAUUCUGACGCUUCUCUGAUGCUCCGAAGGAUUAAACAUGGAGCUUACUUCCUCUCUGCAAAUCUCCUUGGACAUUCCUUCUUUCUCUUCGGUCCAUUUUCUUCAAACUCUAAAUCUGCUAUCAGAAAACCAAAUGCUCUCUACAGAAACCCUAAAAUCAGGGAGAGAAAAUGUAUUGAAUCUCGUGUUCAUCGUCAGUCUCCUCUGGCUACUCGUGAAUUCAGGUAUGAAUCAGAUGAUCCAUCACGGGAAACCUCACUGGUUUCAGAUAAUUCAUGUCCCGAUGUCGUAUCAAUCUGUUCUUUACUCUCCCAGUCUAGUGGGCCAACUAGAAAUCUCGAUAACUUGCUGAAAGAGUUCAAGUCAAAGCUGAAAUCUGACAUAGUUUUGGGAAUUUUGAUGAAUUAUAGACAGUUAGGGAGAACUAAUACUUUGGGGUUCUUCUCUUGGGCUGGAUUUCAAAUGGGUUUUAGUUUUGACGAUUCCGUGAUUGAAUACAUGGCUGAUUUUCUAGGCCGGAGGAAGCUUUUUGAUGAUUUGAAGUGUUUGUUAAUGACAGUGUCGGCUACAAAGGGUAGGGUUUCUUCUCGGGCUGUUUCUAUUUGUAUUAGGUUUUUGGGUAGGCAAGGGAGGGUCAAGGAAGCUCUUUCCUUGUUUGAAGAGAUGGAAUCAGAGUUCAAGUGUAAGCCUGAUAAUCUUGUGUUUAAUAACAUCCUCUAUGUGCUUUGUAAGUUGGAAAAUUCAGAGGAGCUGAUUGAUAAUGCACUUACCAUCUUUCGCCAGAUUGAGUCCCCUGAUACAUACUCCUACAGUAACAUUCUUGUUGGUCUUUGUAAAUUUGGUAGAUUGGAGAGUGCUCUGGAAGUGUUCUAUGAAAUGGUCAGAGUUAAUUUGGUCCCUACAAGAACUGCCGCGAACGUUCUUAUUGGGGAAUUGUGUAAAUCAAGCACAAAUGAAGAUUGUAUCAAGAAGGUUAAAGUUACUAACUGUGGUAGACCCUUCACCAUUCUUGUUCCAAAUGUGGGCUCAAAUAGUGGUAGCAUACUCUUUGCAACCCAAGUUUUCUGGGCUAUUCAUGAUUUAGGCUUGCUACCUAGUGCAUUCAUUAUCAAUCAGCUUAUUUCAGUACUAUGUCAAUUUAAGAGAAUUGAAGAAGCUGUUGAAAUUUUGAAGGUUGUUGAGGAGCGGAAAUUGAGUUGUGUGGAUGAGAGCUACACAAUUCUAAUUCGUGGUUUGUGUGAUGCUCGUAGGGUGAAUGAAGCUUGCCAGUUGUUUGGGAGGAUGGUUUCUCAGGGUUUGAAGCCAAAGCUUGUAAUUUACAAUUCACUUAUUUGUUUGUUAUGUAAACUGGGGACUGUGGAAGAAGCAGAGCGGUUGUUUGAGAUUAUGAACAAGAAGAGAUGUGUCCCAGAUAAUGUAACUUAUACAGCAUUAAUCCAUGCUCAUGCUGUAGCACGUAACUGGGAGGCAGCCUAUGGAUUGUUGAUAGAGAUGUUGGGGCUGGGCUGGUGUCCCCACUUCCACACAUAUAAUUAUGUUGAUAGCCUUUUGAAGGAGCAUGGACGAGUUGAUUUAUGUUUGAAGUUGGAAGGAAAACUCGAAACACAGGUCUUGUACAAGCAUUGCAAAGCUGGUUCUCUGGAGGUAGCAUAUGAGAAGCUAAGCUCGAUGCUUGAGAAGGGCUUCUACCCACCUAUCUAUGUGAGGGAUGCUUUUAUACAUGCAUUUCAGAAGUCUGGAAAAGGGAAGAUAGGUCAUGAGUUGCUAGAAAGGAUGGACAGGAUAUCUUAGGAGUGAUCCCCAACCUUCAGGAGGUAAGAUAGAGAAGAGUUCU